AUGCAGCAUGAGACCCAGCAGCUGGGCCCUGCUGAGAAGGAGCCGACCCGGAGAGGCACAAACAGGGAUGUGUUCACACAGGGGCUGCCCGACGAGUAUGCCUUCGUCACCACCUUCCGGUUCCGGAAAACGUCUCGGAAGGAAGACUGGUACAUCUGGCAGGUUAUCGACCAGUACGGGAUCCCGCAGGUCUCCAUCCGGCUGGACGGCGAGAACAGGGCAGUGGAGUAUGACGCCGUGGGCACCAUGAAGGACGCCGUGCGGGUGGUGUUCCGGGGCCCCCGGGUCAGUGACCUCUUUGACCGGGACUGGCACAAGAUCGCACUGAGCAUCCAGGCCCAGAAUGUCUCCCUGUACAUCGACUGUGCGCUGGUGCAGACGCUGCCCAUCGAGGAGCGGGAGAACAUCGACAUCCAGGGGAAGACGGUGAUUGGCAAGCGCCUGUACGACAGCGUGCCCAUCGACUUUGACCUGCAGCGGAUUGUGAUUUACUGUGACUCCCGACACGCGGAGCUGGAGACUUGCUGUGAUAUCCCCUUGGGCCCGUGCCAGGUGACCGUGCUGACGGAGCCGUCACCCCCACCCCAGCAGCCUCCCACCUCCGGCAGUGAACAAAUUGGGUUUUUGAAGACCAUCAACUGCUCCUGCCCAGCUGGAGAAAAGGGCGAGAAGGGCUCUCAUGGCCCCCUGGGACUCCCCGGCCCAAAGGGAGAGAGGGGAGCCACUGGGCUGGCUGGAGCUCCUGGACCCAAGGGAGAAAAAGGUGACGUGGGCAGAGGGCCUUUUGUCCAUGGAGAGAAGGGGGAAAAGGGCUCCCCGGGCCUGCCCGGUCCCCCCGGAAGAGACGGCACCAAAGGCAUGCGGCCAGGGGAGCCGGGAGAGCCGGGGCUGCCUGGAGAGGUGGGCAUGCGGGGAUUUCCAGGACCACUUGGACCCCUGGGGCCUCCUGGACACGUUGGUGCGCCUGGUCUCCCAGGAGAACGAGGAGAAAAGGGAGCCCCAGGAGAAAAGGGGGAGCGAGGCCUGGAUGGAUUCCCUGGGAAGCAUGGGGAGACGGGAGAGCAGGGACGACCUGGCCCUCCCGGUGUGGCAGGGCCCCAGGGAGAGAAGGGUGACGUGGGGCCUGCAGGACCUCCUGGGGUGCCGGGCUCUGUGGUGCAGAGAGAGGGCCUGAAGGGUGAGCAGGGAGCUCCAGGACCACGAGGCCACCAGGGCCCACCUGGGCCACCAGGAGCUCCGGGUCUGAUGGGUCCUACAGGGAAGGAUGGACCUCCUGGUUUGCAAGGUCUCCGGACUUUGCCUCUGUCGGGAGUUGCUUCGCUGGCCUGGGUCCUGAAUUCUGACUACUGCUCACCAGGCCAUCCCACCGACCUUGGGGGAAACUGGCUUAUUCAUCUUGUAAAUAUCCGGCAGCCGUCCCUGAUGUGCCCACAGCUGGGGAGUGUCCACCGGAAGGAGGAAACGGGCCACACGGCCGGGUCGGCCAUCAUGGCCGUUUCGGAUCGGCUGCGUUUCCCCGAAGAAGUCCGAGCGCCCAGCCCUGCCGGGGCUCGGCCACGCCUCCGGAGCUCAGGGCUUCGCGUGGAGGCAGACCUGAGCGUCCGGAACUACGACACUCCUGACGGGCCUGGUGUGCACGGGGCACCUGGACCUCUUAGGUCUGCAGCAAGGUCUUGGGAGGACUGCCUGGAGGAGGUGCUGAGGGGCGCAGUCCUGCUGGCGUUCCGCCGUCUCCAUGGGACCAGGCUGUCCUACACAUGCCUUUUGAGGGAGACGGCCCUCACCUUCCGGCCCGUGUCCGGUGUCCCGCCACUCUGGACACGCAUGGUGGACGAGAGGCAGCCAGACCCAGAGGGCCGCCUCCUCCGCCCCCAGCCCGUUCCAACCAGGACAGCGGUGACAUGGCCGCCACCUCGGAGCGGGUGGUUCUCUUCCUUAAACAGCCGGCGACUGGCGCUUGCUGUGGCCCCAGGCCUGACCCCUCCUGCCAACCUCUGUCUGCCUUCCUUCCAGGGCCAGCCAGGAGACAGAGGGGAGGACGGUCCGCCUGGAAAGCCCGGCCUCAGGGGCGAAGUUGGGGAGCAGGGCCUGGCAGGCCGACCUGGAGACAAGGGAGAGGCGGGGGUCCCGGGUGCUCCAGGAUUUCCGGGCCUCAGGGGACAGAAGGGAGAGCAGGGUGAGAAAGGCGAGCUGGGCCUCCCAGGCCUGAAAGGGGACCCAGGUGAAAAGGGUGAAGCUGGUCCAGCAGGCCCCCCUGGAUUACCUGGAACGACGCCCCUGUUCACGCCACACCCCAGGAUGCCAGGAGAACGAGGGCCAAAAGGAGACAAGGGUGACCCCGGUGUGCCUGGUGAACUGGGACCCCAGGGCCGUCCUGGAGAACUGGGGCCUCGGGGACCCAUCGGAGCGCCGGGCACCAAGGGACAAGAAGGUCCACGGGGGCCGCCUGGAGCCGCCGGAAGCCCUGGCGCUCCGGGAGCCUCAGGCCAGCCUGGGGUGAGCGGCCCCCCCGGGAGCGCGGGCCCACCUGGCACCAGAGGCCCCCCUGGGAAAGAUGGGGAGCGUGGUGAGAAGGGAGCAGCAGGUGAAGAAGGGAGUCCAGGACCAGCUGGUCCCCGAGGUGAUCCUGGUGCUCCGGGGCUCCCAGGGACCCCCGGAUUGGGAAAAGAUGGAGAGCCGGGGCUUCGAGGGCCACCCGGAUUACCUGGACCUCUAGGAACCAAGGGGGACCGAGGUGCACCUGGGAUCCCUGGCUCCCCUGGCAACCGUGGCGACCCAGGCAUCAGUGUGGCUGGCCCUCCUGGACCUUCUGGACCACCAGGAGACAAAGGACCCCCGGGGUCGCGAGGCUUACCUGGAGUCCCCGGCCCCCAGGGACCAGCUGGCCAGGAUGGUGUACCAGGAAAUCCAGGAGAAAGAGGGCCUCCCGGCAAACCAGGGCCCUCUUCACUGCUGUCUCCAGGGGACAUAAAUCUCUUGGUCAAGGAUGUGUGCAGUGACUGCCCUCCAGGCCCCCCGGGCCUCCCUGGUCUGCCAGGUUUCAAAGGUGACAAAGGUCUCCCGGGGAAGCCAGGGAGAGAAGGCACAGAAGGGAAGAAGGGAGAUGCGGGGCCCAGGGGCCUCCCAGGGCCUCCAGGAAUCGCUGGGCCGCAGGGAAGUAAAGGAGAGCGUGGUGCAGAUGGUGAAGCUGGACAGAAAGGUGACCAGGGUCAUCCUGGAGUUCCUGGCUUCAUGGGACCCCCCGGGAACCCUGGGCUACGGGGAGCCGACGGCAUUGCUGGAGCCGCUGGACCUCCGGGAAUCCAAGGGCCGCCGGGGAAAGAAGGUCCUCCCGGCCCGCAAGGUCCUUCCGGGUUGCCUGGAAUCCCGGGAGAAGAAGGAAAAGAGGGCAGAGAUGGAAAACCAGGUCACCCCGGGGAGCCGGGCAAAACUGGAGAACCGGGUCUACCAGGACCAGAGGGAGCCCGUGGCCUGCCGGGCUUCAAGGGACAGACAGGCGACUCUGGUGCACCGGGUCCCCGGGGAGAGCCUGGUGCCAUGGGGCCCCCUGGCCGGGACGGGUCGCCAGGACAAGAUGGUGACGCGGGACCCACGGGGCCACAGGGGCCCCCAGGACUGAGGGGCCCACCGGGUAAGAAUGGAUCACCAGGCUCCCCAGGAGACCCUGGCCCUGCAGGAAGCCCUGGCCAGAAGGGGAACAAAGGAGACCACGGCAGCCCGGGACUUCCCGGCUUUCUGGGUCCCCGAGGGCCUCAGGGAGAGCCUGGAGAGAAGGGGCUCCAAGGCAAGGAGGGCACCCCCGGGAAGCCUGGAGAGCCAGGACCCAAAGGAGAAAGGGGAGACCCCGGGAACAAAGGUGACAAAGGAUCUCCCGGUGGAAAGGGCCAGCCUGGGGACCCUGGAGUCCCUGGUCACAAAGGCCACACAGGCCUGAUGGGCCCCCAAGGGGAGUCUCCCUCCAUGGAUACCCUGCGGCGGCUCAUCCAAGAAGAGCUGGAGAAACAGCUGGAAACCAAACUUGCCUACCUCCUGGCCCAGAGGCCGCCCACGCACAUCAAGGCAUCUCAAGGCAGACCUGGGCCCCCGGGGCCCCCAGGAAAAGAUGGGCUUCCAGGAAGGGCAGGUCCCAUCGGAGAGCCAGGGCGGCCUGGGCAGGGGGGUCUGGAAGGACCCUCUGGACCAGUAGGUCCCAAAGGUGAGAGAGGGGUUCCUGGAAAUCCUGGCUGCCCCGGAGGUCCUGGGGGCCCCAAGGGUCCUGAGCUCCUUCUGUUUCUUUCUCUCCUUGGGCCAGGUCAGCCUGGGGAACCCGGCUAUGCUAAAGAUGGGCUCCCUGGGGCUCCUGGCCCUCAAGGGGAGACCGGACCAGCGGGACACCCGGGCCCCCCAGGCCCGCCGGGGCCCCCCGGCCAGUGUGACCCCUCCCAGUGUGCCUACUUCGCCAGCCUUGCCGCCCGGCCCGGGAAUGUGAAAGGCCCCUAGAAGAUUCUGGAAUGCCAGGAGACGGCGCUGGAAUUCUGAAACUUGAACUCAGAGCCUGAUAAGAAGCCAGAGGCCUUGACACAUGAUGGCCACAUGUUUGUUUUUUUCUUGCUCUUAUCAUUUGUUUUGUUUAAUUUUCUUGAGAGACCUCAACAUUAUUAAAACCAACAGAUGCUGCCGGUC